AUGUCUCAAAACACCUCAUCAAUGAAUUCAACUUCUUCUCUCGACAAACAAUUACUCGAGAAGAAGAUGAAUUUUGUGGAACGGUUUUAUUGGAGUGAGGAUGAUCCCGAAAUUGAAAAACAAAUUGCGGAAGCAUGUAAACCCAAAAUGGAACAAUUUCAACAGUGUGUUCAACAAAAGAGUUAUAAUCGGUGUAUCAUUCCCGAACGAAGAGAUUAUCAACGUUGCUUAUUUGAAGAAAAACUAAAACUAAAAGAGAAGGAUCAUUCAUUACUGCAACGAAUGGUUUUAAAAGCAGAGUUUUAUAGAGGAAAUGCUGGAGAUAUUCCAUCGGAUUAUAUUGAGCAGAGGUUUGAAGAGGAUAGAAGAAGGGAAAGAGGAGAAUUAACAGAUGACGAAGAUUAA